CGGGUCGCGGGAGUAGCGGGUUCCUACCAAGCGUGGUUUCGGAACUCGGCCUCGGAAGCAUGCCCUGAUUGGCUUGCCCUGGAGGCGGGGACAGGACUCAUUUGAGUCUAGGACCACUUCCUGAGAACACUGAGGCGCGAGGCAGGAAGUUAUCUGGUCUCUCUGGAGUCCUGUGGAGAAAGUGCUGUCUGCUGCAGUGGUGGCGGCGAGAACUGGAGGUGGGUCGGGAGACUGGCCGUUCGGUCUCGCCGCAGCCAAGGACCCGUUUCCAUCGUAGCACCACGGCCCUCUCCUCCAGCCCCGAGCCCGGCGCGGCUGCCCGGGGGGCUCUUUCAGGCUCCUUGACGCAGCUCCAAGAGGCGCCUAUCUGGGCAUCGCCUGGGCCUCCAGCCAGGGGACUGACUCCCGGCUUCAGCUCUCCGGGCCACUGUAAGAAGUGCCCUUAUCACCCCUCGCCCUGUCCUCCUCCUCCCUGAACCAUCGAGACCCUGGUCCAGAGCGAUAGCCUUGGACCUGGGACUAGGCGGAUCCAAGACGCUCAGCCCCGGCACUCCACAGACGGGGCUCUGCAUCGUCUCUGAUAUGUCACCCACCAUCUCCCACAAGGACAACAGUCGGCAACGACGACCAGGGACUUUCAACCACUCUCUGGAUAUGAAGAGCGGUCCUCUGCCGCCAGGCGGCUGGGAUGACAGUCACCAGGAAUUGGUGGGCGGGGAAGGGGACAAAGAAGCUCUGCGGGAUACCGGCACUGGUGACUUCUCAAAAGCCCCACGGAGUUGCCGGGCCGAAUUAAGCAGCAUUCUGCUGUUGCUUUUUCUUUACGUGCUUCAGGGCAUUCCACUGGGCCUGGCGGGAAGCAUCCCUCUCAUUUUGCAGAGCAAAAAUGUUAGCUAUACAGAUCAAGCUUUCUUCAGUUUCGUCUUUUGGCCCUUCAGUCUCAAAUUGCUCUGGGCCCCGUUGGUUGAUGCAGUUUACUUUAGGAACUUUGGUCGUCGCAAAUCUUGGCUUGUCCCUACACAGUACAUACUGGGACUGUUCAUGAUAUAUUUAUCCACUCAAGUGGACCGAUUGCUCGGGAACACUGAUGGUAGAACCCCCGAUGUGAUUGCUCUCACUGUGACAUUCUUUUUGUUUGAAUUCCUGGCCGCCACUCAGGACAUCGCUGUGGAUGGUUGGGCGUUAACAAUGUUAUCCCGGGAAAACGUGGGUUAUGCUUCUACUUGCAAUUCGGUGGGCCAGACAGCGGGCUACUUUUUGGGCAAUGUUUUGUUUUUGGCCCUUGAAUCUGCGGACUUUUGUAACAAAUAUUUGCGGUUUCAGCCUCAACCCAGGGGAAUCGUUACUCUCUCAGAUUUCCUUUUUUUCUGGGGAACUGUAUUUUUGAUAACAACAACUCUAGUUGCCCUUCUGAAAAAAGAAAACAAAGAAGUAUCAGUAGGAAAAGAAGAAACCCAAGGGAUCACAGAUACUUACAAGUUGCUUUUUGCAAUUAUAAAAAUGCCAGCAGUUCUGACAUUUUGCCUUCUGAUUCUAACUGCAAAGAUUGGUUUUUCAGCAGCAGAUGCAGUAACAGGACUGAAAUUGGUAGAAGAGGGAGUACCCAAAGAACAUUUAGCCUUAUUGGCAGUUCCAAUGGUUCCUUUGCAGAUAAUAUUGCCUCUGAUUAUCAGCAAAUACACUGCAGGUCCCCAGCCACUAAACAUAUUUUACAAAGCCAUGCCCUACAGAUUAUUGCUUGGAUUAGAAUAUGCUCUACUAGUUUGGUGGACUCCCAAAGUAGAACAUCAAGGAGGAUUCCCUAUAUAUUACUAUAUUAUAGUGCUGCUGAGUUAUGCGUUACAUCAGGUUACAUUGUACAGCAUGUAUGUUUCCAUAAUGGCUUUCAAUGCAAAGGUUAGUGAUCCUCUUAUUGGAGGAACAUAUAUGACCCUUUUAAAUACUGUGUCCAAUCUGGGAGGAAACUGGCCUUCUACAGUAGCUCUUUGGCUAGUAGAUCCCCUCACAGUGAAAGAGUGUGUAGGAGCAUCAAAUCAGAAUUGUCGAACACCUGAUGCUGUUGAGCUUUGCAAAAAGCUUGGUGGCUCAUGUGUUACGGCGCUGGAUGGUUAUUAUGUAGAAUCCAUCAUUUGUGUUUUUAUUGGAUUUGGUUGGUGGUUCUUUCUUGGUCCAAAAUUGAAAAAAUUACAGGAUGAAGGACCAUCUUCAUGGAAGUGCAAAAGAAGCAACUAAUGCAUUCACUACUGGACAUUCUAGGAAGGUGGAAUUUUAGAGUGGGGUUUUAUAUAAGUAAUGGAGGAUAAAAUGGGUGGGAGAAAAUGGCACUCAGCAUCUGAAGAUAGAGGCAGUUCUCUAGAACUCAUGCAUUGCCAUUGGAAAGCCUGUGUUGGGCAUCGAUGUCAGAUUCUGAAGAAUCACCUGGAAAAUCAUCCUAGAAACAAGGAAGCUACACCAAACCAUAGUCUCCCAUACUUUGUCACAUGGGUUGUCCAUUAUCAUGUAUUAUAAUCAAAAUGUUUACUUGAAUAAAGAAAAAAACCCACUUACUCUCAUAUGUGAAAUGUAUUUUGCUUUUUAAAUUUUGGAUUAAGAAGGUGACAUUGCCAUAAUUACCUUUUGUUUCUUACCCAUUCAUAUUAAAAAUUUACAUACUUUCAAACAUACUUUGAAGUCAACAAAUCUUUAAUGACUUGAAGUAUUAAAAUAUAUUGUAAGCCUUUAACUAUAAGGUAAAAGCCAUUAUUAAUUGCAUUUGCUCUAGAAAUGAACAUUUAUUUUGAAUUAUAGUCCUUUGGUUAUUUGGGUACACGCUUGUAACACAUACCAAAAAUGACUUCUUAAUAGCUAUGUGCAACUAUAUUGCAUACAUUGAUUACUGAUGGCAUCUUACAAAUGAUCUACCUGAAUCUGAGGAUCUGUUCAUGGUAUAUCAGUAGUACUAGAAAAUACUACCUUUUUUGCAUAUGUUUUUCUUUACUGAUAGAUCCUGAUAAACUCUGCCCUCAAGUAUGAACGUUAACUCCUCCAGUUAAUGUAUUAUACAUUUACUAGCUAAUAUUCUUAUAAAUCUUACAAUCUUAUAAAAGAUUAGCUAAGACUAAAACCAAAAAUUCCUUCCUUUGUAAAUAUUUUAAUUUUGCCUGAUCAAUCAUAAAAAAAAUUUGUUCAAUACCUAAAAUAGAUUCCUCUAUUUUUUUUAAUAUUAAACCUUUGAGAUACAAAUCUAUUGUUUGAUUUCAUCUCUUUAUUACAAGGAUUUUUAUCCUAAACAGGUGUCAGUGGGGCCUUGAAACCCCUGAAUUGCUAGCAAAACUGGACAUGUAAUUAUUUGUCUUUCUGGAGAGAGCUCUUGUUAAAAUCAUAAAUGGUCUGUGAUCCAAAAAAGUGUAAAAGCCAUGACCUUAUUGAAUGUGGGCUCUGAAUUGUAAACAUAACUUUGAAAUAAUAAUUGUGAAACUAAUUGUUUAAAGCAUCCUAAAAACAAUGUUAAAAGAAAAAUCUUAUGAUGAAAACUGGAAAAUGUCUGCAUUUGUAGUGGUGAAGUUGAACCUUGAACGGAUUAGAGCAGGUAAGACAUUACUGGUAGGGGAGAGUUAUAAGGGUGAGUUCUGUCCCAAAAAAGAAAUAUCUUAGUCAUUUAGUACUUCUUUCCUAUUAAUAAUUUCUAUUUUGUCCUGUUAACAGAAACCCAAAAAAGUAUGUUGUUUUAUAUUAAAUGGUUGAGCUCAUUAUUUAAUAUAACAGAAGACCAGGCUUGUUUUUAUAUUUUGGGGGAUCAUCUUUUUUCAUGUGGUUGAAAGAAUGAAUAAAACUGUAUGACACAGACCCUGCUAAAACUAAAGAACCAAUUUGUUGGGGACAUUCCAUGCAUAUUUCCAAAAUGUAUUUUACCUUAGUAUUAGAGAAAGAAAAUAAGUUUUAAGAAAUGAUUCCAUUAUAGCUAGGAUUAAUAUAUUUAAUAGCCAUUUUCAUUACAGGAGGAAAGGUGACAAUAGUGUGUCGUACUACUGAGACUUCUUUUAACCAAUGUCUUUGGUAGAUAGCAAGGCGUAAUUAAUUGAUUUUUCUCUUAGCAGAUUUAAAAUACCUAUUAUAGGCCUUAUUUCUUUUUCCACUACAGCUUAAUCUCUGCCUGAUUUGACAGUGCCAAAUGUUUAAUGUAAUCGCUAUUUAAUUUGGGACUGGGAGCCUUUUCAUUUCCUACCUGUCAAAACUGCUAUUAGAAUCUUCGUUUUACUCCUUUAAAUUGUUAGCAAGGUAAAUGGGCACGGAAAACUUAUAUUUUUUCCUGGAAUUCUGUUUUGGUAGAGUAAAGUCCUGAUCAGGAUGGAAUAGUUAAUGUGCAGGGCUCAUGCCCUCUCCUUAAGUGAAUAGAAACAUUUUUUUAUUUAUCAGAUUAUAAAUAUUGCUUUUAAGGAGGGUUUUUUUUUUUUAUGGAGUGGCAGAUAUUUUAUAGGAGGAAAUAGUUUUAUGUAGCAAAUGGAAAAUUUUAUGAUUAAUUAUAAUUUCUCUUUUAAAGAAUUUGUCAGGUAUAUAAUUUAAAAGAUAUUAAAACAGCAAUAUUUGCAUAGUUUAUAUGAAGUCUUGAAGCAUUGAGAAAAGGUUGCUACAUUUUAAUAGUUUUUUAUUGGCAAUAUAUAGAAAUAACUUUUUAUAACAGUUUUGUGUGAAGAGUAACAAAUAACAUGACUGAAAUGAACAAGGUACCGGUAUAAUUCUUAGGGAAUUAUAAAUCUCUCAGAUCUAGUACUCUAGUCAAUUACAAUUAAUCAGUCACUAUUGUAAAAUAUAAAAAUUAAAGACUAUCCUUACUUUCAUCAAAAUGACCUUAUAUGUUGGAGAAAGUUUACUUUUUAUAGCCUUAUAAUUAAUGAAACUGAAAUUUUUAUCACGUGCAUCUAUAAAAUUAGGAAAAUAAAUAAUCGAGGCAAAAAUCUGAUAUUUUAAAAAGUUAGUUUGGCAUAUUUGGUAAAUUGAUAGAUUACCACUGUCAAGUUAUAUCAGUGAAUCUAGAUCUAUUGUCCUCAGAUACUGCUUUAUGUAAGAAUUAGUGUAAAAUUGAAAAAAUACGCAGUGUUAAAAGUUGUCAUUGUUGGGGUCUUUAUGAAAUCACUGUAUCCAUGUACAGUUUUGAAUUAAAAAUGAACAACACAAAAUAAUUUAUCAUUUUUGAAAGAUCUAACAUUGACUUUGAUAGUUUAGCAUUAUUUAAGUGUUUUAGUAUAUGUGAAAUGUUUAUUUGGUUAAUUUAUUUUCAAAUGUUAAUAAUAUUAAAUAUUUAUGCAAUGUUUAAAUAUUUGGAGUAUAUUUGAAAUAAAUUCUCCAGAUUUUUGCAUAAAGGAUUAUUUAAGUGCUCAAAAUGAUUGUUUUCACAAUUGAUCUCUAAAAAAUAAAAUAUUGA